AUGAUUCAGUUUUUGAAGAACCUGCAGCUGCACAAGAAGAAGGACAGCGGAAGCACUAAAGAGCCCAAGAGGAAAAAUAAAAUGAAAUAUGAGGACUUCAACUUCAUUCGGACUCUUGGCACAGGCUCCUUCGGAAGAGUAAUCCUCGCGACGUACAAGAAUGAGGACUUCCCCCCGGUGGCCAUCAAGCGAUUCGAGAAAAGCAAAAUCAUCAAGCAGAAGCAAGUGGACCAUGUGUUCUCCGAGAGGAAGAUCCUCAACUACAUCAACCACCCCUUCUGCGUCAACUUGUAUGGGUCCUUCAAGGACGAGUCCUACUUGUACCUCGUGCUGGAAUUCGUAAUUGGGGGGGAGUUCUUCACCUUCCUCAGGAGGAACAAGCGCUUCCCCAACGACGUGGGGUGCUUCUACGCCGCCCAGAUCGUCUUGAUAUUUGAGUACCUCCAGAGUUUGAACAUCGUCUACAGGGACCUGAAGCCAGAGAACCUCCUGCUGGACAAGGACGGGUUCAUCAAAAUGACGGACUUUGGAUUUGCGAAAGUCGUAGACACGCGCACGUACACCCUGUGCGGGACCCCCGAGUACAUCGCGCCGGAGAUCCUCCUCAACAUCGGCCACGGCAAGGCGGCGGACUGGUGGACCUUGGGCAUCUUCAUCUACGAAAUCCUGGUGGGGUGCCCCCCCUUCUACGCAAACGAGCCGCUGCUGAUUUACCAAAAGAUUCUGGAGGGCAUCAUUUACUUCCCCAAGUUUUUGGACGCUAACUGCAAGCACCUCAUGAAGAAGCUCCUAUCCCACGACUUAACCAAAAGGUACGGCAACCUGAAGAAGGGGGCCCAAAACGUCAAGGAGCACCCCUGGUUUGGGAACAUCGAUUGGGUUAGCUUGCUCCACAAAAACGUAGAUGUGCCCUACAAGCCCAAGUACAAAAACGUUUUCGAUUCGUCCAAUUUCGAGCGGGUGCAGGAGGACUUGACCAUCGCCGAUAAAAUUACCAACGAGAACGACCCCUUCUUCGACUGGUAG